UGUGAUAUUUAGCGCAGCUGGCGCAACGAUCGUGCCGCGCCAUAGCGGACAGCAUUCAACAGGCUGAUAUUUAUAGACGGAGGAUUAUUGGCGGAGUUUCUUACGAAUCUGCAAAAGCUUUCGGCGUCAAUAACCAGUUUCUACGUUCAUUUCGGGAUCUGUUCGAUGAUCGAAUUCGAUUUGACGAAUAUAAUGGCGUGAUGAUGCGAUAUCGCGAAGACAAAGACGACGACGACGACGACGACGACGAGGAUAACGGUAUUCUCGAGUACAGUAUACGGCGAGCAUUGCGUCGGCUGGUUCCAUCGGGAAAAUCACGGGAAUUCUAAUGUAAGACGCGAGACCAGCUGUGCCGCUCGCCCGAGUCUCGCCCGAGUCUCGUUCGAGUCAUCGUUGUCAGUUCCGUUGUGGUAACGUGUUCUUCUCCGCUUGGUGUCGUGUCGUGUCUUUGGUAUCAUUGCCGUCUGUCGUCGCGGCGAGCCGAAUCGAGAAUGCCAACUGCAACAACGCCUGCAAACGCAACGACGUGAUCCAUUAUCCUCUGUUUGCUCGGAGCCACGGAAAGAGAGAAAAAGAAAGAAGAAAAGAGAAAGGGAAUAAUAAUUUCGUUGCAUUUUUUUUGCGAGUGGCAAGUGGUGAUAAUAUCUUGAAAUCGGAGACACACCAUUUGAUCUAUAGAUAGUUACAUGCUCGAGGAAUUUGUGGUGUAGAAUGUUUUCUUGCCGGUAAAUGUGAUUCCCGUUGGCAGUCGAGAUAUAUACAUGAAAGAAGAAGAGACUGACAAGAAAUAGAAUAUGUUAAAUGUUCGACGUAGACCCCCAUAGACAAAAAAUCGAGCAUACAGAGAGCAUACGUGAGAGAUGUCCGUAUGCUUAUAUCUAAAUAUAAAUUAUGAAUCAUGAAUAGUGAAUUCAAACACGACGAUAAUAUUAUCGAUUCAAGGGUAAUAAAGUUAAGUUAAAUCGUCAUUGAUAAAGUUUUGGAAGAUGAUGUUCACUGGUGGCUCUCAUGCGAAGAGAAGAAACGCCGGUGGCGGUAGUGGAUCGGGCUUUUCUGGGAGAAAAUCCUCCGUGGAUCACCGAAAUCCUCCGGUGCGCAGUGUUGGAGCCGAAGGAUAUACGUACAGGACAAGAGUACCGACACUAAAUCCUACGGAAUUGCCACCAACAACUUCAACACAAGGCAAAACAUACAUUUAUAGAACUAGAGUUCCACGACGAGAUCCUAUGGAAUCAACAAUGUCGACGAUUCCGUUGUUACGAGACAGCAAUGUUGGACGCGCCAUAACGAGAAGAAGGGGUGCUGUUAAACAUAAUAAAGUGCACAUUGUGCGGGGUCACAAACUUGUAGCCAAGUUUUUUCGGCAACCGACAUUUUGUGCUUUUUGUAAAGAUUUUUUAUGGGGUUUUGGAAAACAGGGUUAUCAAUGUCAAGCAUGUCAAACGGCAGUACACAAGAAAUGCCACGAUAAAUUAUUAACUAAAUGUCCCGAGAGUGGAAGGGAGUCAGAAAAUACAAUAUAUUUAAGAGAACGUUUCAAGGUAGACGUUCCUCACAGAUUUCGUACUCACACAUUCAUGUCACCGACUUUCUGUGAUCAUUGCGGUUCGAUGUUAUAUGGAUUGUUUCGACAAGGUUUAAAAUGCGACGGUAAGAAUGCAAAAUGUCGUUCAGGACAUUUUUAACAGUCAAAAAAUUGUGAAUUGUACAAUUAAAAGAAACUUUUAUGCAUCUUGAUAGGUUUAAGUUACUUUUUUUUAUCAAUCACCUGACACGGUCUGAUUCAACACGCAAGUACAGCUUUUAAUUAUAGCAUUAAUGUGAAAGCAAUACAGUUGCAUAACAUUCAUUAUUAUAUUUUUUGCUUACGCAUACUUCACAUGCUUUAUACUUACACACAUAUUUUAGAUUUUUUUAUCUUCUAGUAAUAUAAUUGUAUAAUAUAAAUCUUCAAAAUUUUCGAUCACUAAAAAGCUUAAAAAUUAACUUGCGUCUUAUUUUAUUAUUUAUAUUGUUUUUUCAUUUUUGUGCCUAUAUCGAAAUAUUAGAUGUUAAAAUAUGGUGACAUAAGCAUAUUUUUUGCUUAUAUGGAAUAAUAAUGUACAAUAAUAUAUUUAAUUUUUUAUUAAUAAAUGUCUGAAUAAAAACUAUUAAUAUUUGUAUUCGAAUUUGCUUUAAAUAAACAAGUUUCCUCAAAGUGUUAAG